AUGAAGUACGGCUCACUGGCCUUUCUGACGCUGCAGAAUGUAUUGCUGGUGCUACUCUCGCGCUACGUGCGAGCACGCCCAGGCGAUAUGUUCAUAUCUUCUACUGCGGUAACCAUGAGUGAAGCAGUGAAGCUGGUAGUGUGCGUGGGUCUCGUGUGGCUGGUGGAAGAGGGCGGCAGUGUGCGCGGCUUCGCUUCCAACCUUCACACCAACCUCUUCUGCGAUUGGCGCGAUAAUCUUCUCAUCUGUGUGCCCGGCGUCAUGUAUGCCAUACAGAACAAUCUCAUCUACUUGGCUGUCUCUCAUCUCAAUCCCAGUGUCUUCCAGGUGACAUACCAAUUAAAAGUGUUUACAACCGUCCUCUUCUUCCGCGUUCUCCUCCACCGUGUGUUGACUUCGAAGCAUUGGAUCGCACUUUCUCUCCUCUUCGUGGGUGUGGUCACCGCUCAAGUCGACCCCGGCAACAGUGCCAAGACUUUGGAGGGACUGGAGCAGAAGCCUUUCUUCGGUCUGAUCUGCGUCAUCACUGCCUGUGUGCUCUCCGGUUUCUCGGGGGUUUUCUUCGAGCUGGUACUCAAGUCCACUCAGAAGACUAUCGUGAUGCGGAACAUCCAACUCGCCUUCUGCGGCAUCUUCGCCAGUCUCGCACAGGCUUACUUUCAAGAGAGAGAGGUCAUCUUCAACCACGGCUUCCUAUUUGGCUACGACGGCUACGUGUGGGCGGUCAUCCUAGUCCAGUCAGUGGGCGGAUUGCUGGUAGCCGCGGUGGUGCGCUACGCGGACAAUAUCCUCAAGACAUUUGCAACUUCGGUGGCCAUUGUACUCACCCUUGUGGCCUCGGUUUUGCUCUUUGGCACGCCCCUGACGGUGCAUCUGGUGGUCGGUAACCUCCUGGUGAUUGCCGCCACUGUCCUCUACGGUAUUUUACCACCUCCUGCCUCACUGAAGUCAAUAGGCGUGGAAGAGGAGAGGCGCGGUGGUGUGACUGGCGGAGUAGUGACAAUAGUGCUACCUGAGGGCAAUAGCAAGCCUGCUUAA